GGUCAGUAACUAAACAACACUGAAAGCAAAUGUUUUUAAAUAUCAACAACGAGCGAAAAUAUUUUCCCGUAGAGAAAUUAGCUACCGGCAAAUAGUGUCAUUCAUUUAUCAUUUAUAAAGACUGAAAAAUAUGGAAAGUGAACCGGGUAACACAGAUUUUUAUGCAAAGGGCAAAAGUUAUUGGGAAAAUGUGCCUGCAACUAUAGACGGAAUGUUAGGUGGUCAUUCAAACGUGUUUAAAGCAGACAUUCAAGCAUCAUCACGAUUUAUUAACACUUUUCUUCAAGAUAAAACUCGACCUUUGGGAACAGACUAUGCAUUGGAUUGUGGAAGUGGCAUUGGACGAAUCACAAAACAUUUUCUUCUAAAAUUUUUUAAAUCAGUGGAUAUGGUUGAGCAAAAUAAAAACUUUUUGGAUGAAUCCAAUGCAUAUUUAGAAGAAGACUCCAGUCGUGUUUUAAGGAAAUUUAACUCUGGUCUUCAAGAUUUUAUACCUGAUGAAAGUUGUUAUGAUGUGAUAUGGAUUCAGUGGGUUAUUGGAUAUUUAACAGAUGAUGACUUAAUCUCAUUUCUGAAAAGGUGCAAAAAAGGUCUGAAAGAAAAUGGAAUUGUUGUAAUAAAAGACAAUAUUUCUUCUUAUGAUACUGAUAUGGAUCAUGAAGAUGGAUCUGUGACUCGCCCUCGACAAGAUAUUAUAGAUUUAGCUACUAAGGCUGGUCUUGAACUUGUAGCAGAAAGAAAACAAUAUAAAUUUCCUAAAGGGUUAUAUGAAGUAAAGAUGUUUGCUUUCAGAUGACCUUAAAUGAAAAAUAGGAACACUAUUUUUCUUUUAUUUUUGUGUAUUGAAAUAAAAUAUUUAUAAAACCAAA